AUGGCCCAGCUGUACACUCAGUGUACGGAGGAAGUACUGCCGAUAGUUAUCUACGCCAUCGGACAAGAGGAGCUGUCACCAUCGGAUAUCAUCGAACUGCAGGAUCUCAGGAACAUCGCUCCGGAUGUUCCCGUGUUGUUCGUCUGCAGCGGGCCUUCGGAUCUCGCGGAAUCCGACCAGCACGCUGCCGUUGCCGUGCCGACGACGAAGCCAGGAUGGACGCGGCCGGGCCGGCGUGAUCACCGCAAAGCUGUCAGGACAUCACUGUGGCUCUUCGAACAGCUGUGUGACGUUGGCUACCUCACCCGGCUACCGACGGAGGCGAAGCGAGUGUGGCGGCACAGUGGCGCCGCCCUGGAGGCGGAGAGCGAGUUUGUCGAGAGCUUCCACGCGUUUCGACAGCAAGUGAUAUUCUAUGUGCAUCAUGUGCUGCAGCAGUAUCUAACACAGGCGGCGACCAUCUUGAAGAACGCGCACACGCGCUGCCUGAAGAUGUUCAUCCUGACGGCGUUCGACAUGGCGCGCGACAUGAUCAUCACGCCGAAACGCAUCGACUACGCUCGGCAGCGCGAAGGCGCCCUCUAUGAUUCGCUGCUCGCACUCGCGACGCUCAAGCAGGAGGAGAUACGCAUCGUCGUCACGGAUACCAUCAACAACCUGCAGGAGCCGCUGCUGACCGAGGCCGUCGCUCACACGUUCCGCAGUGUGGUGGUACCUGAGUCAGGUGAGAUCAGUUCUAGCCGUGACGUACAGGCGUGCACGCACGAGAUUCAGCAUCUUGUGCUGUCGCGACUCAACCGCGAGAUCGCUGGACAGAUCACAGGAUCCGUCGAGUAUCUACGCGAGAAUUAUACGGGUACGCUGCGACGGUGUCUGGAGAGUUUGGAGGAGAGAGGCGACAAGGAGAAUUACGAUUGUCCGUCGGCGGAGCCGCGCGCUCCAGCAGAUUCCUGAUGCAGCUUACCAGGUGGAGGUCACGUGUGAAGAACAGUAACUCAGUCGUGCAGAUCAUUCUAGAGAAGAUACGACAGAUCGUACCGUCGCUGCCGUUGGACGCGCCACCUAGGAUUGACGC